AUGGAACCUUUCUCCACUUCAGUGAGUUGUUACACACUCCUUAGCGGGUUCCGACUUCCAUGGCCACCGUCCUGCUGUCUAGAUGAAUCAACACCUUUUGUGGUGUCUGAUGAGCGUAUAUUCCGGCACCUUAACCCCACUUUCGGUUCAUCCCGCAUCGCCAGUUCUGCUUACCAAAAAUGGCCCACUAGAAACUCUCAUUCGCAUGCCCACUUUGAGAAUAGGUUAAGGAUGUUGCAUCCCCAAGGCCUCUAA